UCCAUUUAAGCCAAAGAGCAAAAAGAAAGUGACUUCAUUUGAGAGACUCAAGUCUCACAUCCUGUGAACAUGGAUCUCCUCCAUAGCAAUGGAGUGCUCAUAAUUCAGCAUUUGCAGAAGGAUUACAGGUCUUACCAGAGCUUUCUAAAUUUCAUGUCACACGUUGGAGAUCCUCGGAAUAUUUUUUCAAUUUAUUUCCCUCUUUGGUUCCAGCUUAACCGAGUGGUUGGGACAAAAAUGAUCUGGGUAGCAGUGAUUGGCGAUUGGUUCAAUCUUAUAUUUAAAUGGAUUUUAUUUGGUCAUCGGCCAUAUUGGUGGGUCCAAGAAACCAUGAUCUAUCCUAAUCAAACAAGCCCAUGUCUUGAGCAGUUUCCCAUAACAUGCGAAACAGGACCAGGAAGCCCCUCUGGCCAUGCCAUGGGAUCUUCAUGUGUUUGGUACGUAAUGGUGUCAGCAGCUCUCAGCUAUACAGUGAGACAGAAAGAUAAGUCAGCCAUCAACCUUCACAGACUCAUCUGGUCUUUCCUGUGGAGUGUGUUCUGGAUUAUACAGAUCAGUGUGUGCGUUUCAAGAGUAUUUAUAGCGACACAUUUCCCUCAUCAAGUUAUCCUUGGAGUAAUUGCUGGUAUGCUUGUUGCAGAAGCAUUUGAAUAUGCUCCAGCCAUUCAGACAGCAAGUUUAAAAACAUACAUCCAGACAAAUGUGUUUCUCUUUGUUUCUGCUCUUGGCUUCUAUCUGGUUCUCAAGCUUAUCGACAUAGACCUUCUGUGGUCUGUACCAAAGGCAAAGAAAUGGUGUGCCAAUCCAGAGUGGAUCAAUAUUGACACGACUCCCUUUGCUGGACUGAUGAUCAUACAUGUGUUUUAGGAGGCAUUGUUUUUGAAGAAGUAUCCUGUCCUGCAUGUGGAAGCAGUAAGAACAUCUGUUCUAGGAUGGUGUCCGCCUCUUGUGAUG